AUGGGGACGCGUAAUGUGGACAUCACCACCGCAAAACAAUACCUCCCGCUUCUAGUAUCCUAUGUAAUCGACUGGGUGUUCAUCAUAGGAAUAGCCCUAAUCGGCUACGGCUUCCACAAAGUCACCCCCAACCACCGUCCCUUCACACUAACCGACCCCAGCACCUCGUUCCCAUACACCACGCAUGAAACGGUGAGCACCGCCGUCCUGGUCGUCGUGGCGCUCAUCGUGCCCGCCGUGAUCAUCGUUCUCGUGACCCUGGUCGUCAUGCCCGGGGCAUGGAAUCGGGGUACGACCUGGCGGGUGAAGAUCUGGGAGUGGAAUGCUGGGUGGUUGGGGCUGGCGCUGGCCGUUGCGGCGGCGUUUAUGGCUACCGAGGGGUUGAAGGAUUUGUAUGGCCGGCCGAGACCCGAUAUGUUGGCUCGCUGUGACCCUGAUCUGGGGAAUAUUGCGGCGUAUGUGGUUGGGGGGCUUGGGGGACAGCUGGACGGUGCGCCGAGGGUGGUCAGUUCGGAGAUUUGUAGGAAUAGAGGCAAGGAGUUGGUUAUGGAUGGGUUUGUGAGUUUUCCGAGUGGGCAUUCUUCUUUUGCCUUUGCCGGCUUGACCUAUCUGAGUCUCUGGUUAUGCGCAAAGUUCUCCAUUGGAUUCCCUUAUUUGGCGCAUUCGCCCUUCGGCCUGGAUCUGCGCGUCCAGAAGCGCGAGGCCAUUCGCGGCCUGGGCGCUGCGCCUCCCGUGCUCUUGAUUAUCCUUGCCUUCGUGCCGAUGGCGGUCGCCUUCUUCAUCUCGGCGUCGCGCUGGUUUGACUUCCGACAUCAUGGAUUCGACAUUAUCUUCGGCUCCGUCAUGGGCAUGGUCUUCGCCUGGGGUGCAUUCCGCCUGUAUCACCUCCCCAUCAUGCGUGGUGGCGGCUGGGCCUGGGGCGCCCGAAGCCGCCGACAUGCCUUCUUCAAGGGCGUCGGACUCCCAAGCCACAUCGGCGGCGACAACUGGACCAGCAUCGCAGACGGCCCCCGGCGAGAAGAGAGCACAGCAGGCCAAGACGUCGAUCUGGAAAGCGGGCCACGCAACCUGGCAGAAUAA